AUGAUCUUACUCGCCUUCAGCACUGGAAGAAGGUUGGAUUUCGUGCAUCGUUCAGGGGUGUUUUUCUUGCAAACCUUGCUUUGGAUUUUAUGGGCUACGGUCUGCGGAACGGAGCAGUAUUUCAAUGUGGAGGUUUGGUUACAAAAAUACGGCUACCUUCCACCGACUGAUCCCAGAAUGUCUGUGCUGCGCUCUGCAGAGACCAUGCAAUCGGCCCUCGCUGCCAUGCAACAGUUCUAUGGCAUUAACAUGACAGGAAAAGUGGACAGAAACACAAUUGAUUGGAUGAAGAAGCCUCGAUGUGGUGUCCCAGACCAGACAAGAGGCAGCUCCAAAUUCAACAUUCGUCGAAAGCGCUACGCACUAACUGGACAGAAGUGGCAACACAAACAUAUCACUUACAGUAUAAAGAACGUAACUCCAAAAGUUGGAGACCCUGAGACCAGGAGAGCAAUUCGCCGUGCCUUUGAUGUGUGGCAGAAUGUAACUCCAUUAACAUUUGAAGAAGUUCCCUACAGUGAACUAGAAAAUGGCAAACGUGAUGUGGAUAUAACCAUCAUUUUUGCAUCUGGUUUUCAUGGAGACAGUUCCCCCUUUGAUGGGGAGGGAGGAUUUUUGGCACAUGCCUAUUUCCCGGGACCAGGAAUUGGAGGAGAUACUCAUUUUGAUUCUGAUGAGCCAUGGACACUGGGAAAUCCCAAUCACGAUGGAAAUGAUUUGUUCCUGGUAGCAGUUCAUGAGCUGGGUCAUGCUCUCGGGCUGGAGCAUUCCAAUGACCCCACUGCUAUCAUGGCACCAUUUUACCAGUACAUGGAAACGGACAACUUCAAGCUUCCUAAUGACGAUUUGCAGGGCAUCCAGAAAAUAUAUGGUCCUCCUGACAAGAUCCCUCCACCUACAAGACCUCUACCGACAGUGCCCCCUCACCGAUCUCUUCCUCCGGUUGACCCAAGGAAAAAUGACAGGCCAAAACCUCCCCGGCCUCCCACUGGCAGGCCUUCCUAUCCAGGAGCCAAACCCAACAUCUGUGAUGGGAACUUCAACACUCUAGCUAUUCUUCGACGGGAGAUGUUUGUUUUUAAGGACCAGUGGUUUUGGCGAGUGAGAAACAACAGGGUGAUGGAUGGAUACCCCAUGCAAAUUACUUACUUCUGGCGGGGCUUACCCCCCAGUAUUGAUGCAGUUUAUGAAAACAGUGAUGGAAAUUUCGUCUUUUUUAAAGGUAACAAAUACUGGGUGUUCAAGGAUACAACUCUUCAACCAGGUUACCCUCACGACUUGGUUACCCUUGGGAAUGGAAUUCCCCCUCACGGUAUUGAUUCUGCCAUUUGGUGGGAAGAUGUUGGCAAAACCUAUUUCUUCAAAGGCGACAGAUAUUGGAGAUAUAGUGAAGAAAUGAAAACCAUGGACCCGGGCUAUCCCAAGCCCAUCACCAUCUGGAAGGGGAUCCCUGAAUCACCCCAGGGAGCUUUUGUGCACAAAGAAAAUGGCUUUACCUAUUUCUACAAAGGAAAGGAGUAUUGGAAAUUCAACAACCAGAUACUCAAAGUAGAACCUGGGUAUCCAAGAUCCAUCCUCAAGGAUUUUAUGGGCUGUGAUGGACCAGCAGACAGAGAUAAAGAAGGACUCAGUCCACCAGAUGAUGUAGACAUUGUCAUCAAACUGGACAACACAGCCAGCACUGUGAAAGCCAUAGCUAUUGUCAUUCCCUGCAUCUUGGCCUUAUGCCUUCUUGUAUUGGUUUACACUGUGUUCCAGUUCAAGAGGAAAGGAACACCCCGCCACAUACUGUACUGUAAACGCUCUAUGCAAGAGUGGGUGUGA